AUGGACUUGUACAUGAUGAAUUGUGAGUUGUUGGCAACCUGCAGUGCCUUGGGAUAUUUGGAGGGGGACAUAUACCACAGAGAGCCAGACUGCCUGGAGAGCGUGAAGGACCUGAUUCGCUACCUGAGGCACGAGGAUGACACCAGAGACAUCCGGCAGCAGCUUGGAGCCGCACAGAUCCUGCAGAAUGACCUUUUACCCAUAAUCACCCAGCAUGGGCAGGACAAGCCACUGUUUGAUGCCUGCAUCAGACUUAUGGUAAACCUGACCCAACCAGCACUGCUCUGUUUUGGGAAAGUUCCAGAAGACCCUGCCUUUCGACAUCAUUUCCUCCAAGUGGUGUCUUACCUCCAAGCCUAUAAAGUGGCAUUUGCCAGUGAGAAGGUUUUUGGAGUGCUGAGUGAAACACUGUACAACCUACUGCAACUGGAUUGGGAGCAGAGACAAGAGGAGGAUAACCUGCUGAUAGAGAGGAUUUUACUGCUCAUUAGAAAUGUGCUACACGUCCCUGCCGAUCCUCAUGAUGAACAGAACGUGGACGAUGAUGCCAGUGUGCAUGAUAGACUGCUGUGGGCCAUCCAUAUGAGUGGAUUUGAUGACUUACUCAAGUUUCUGGCCAGCGCACAGAGUGAACAGCAAUGGAGCAUGCAUGUGCUGGAAGUCAUCUCACUCAUGUUCCGAGACCAGACUCCAGAGCUGCUGGUGAGUGCGGGUCAGAGCCGCUCUGUUCAGGAAAAACAAAGAGACGCUCAGGAGCUGGAGGCCCUGCGCCACAAAGAGCUGGCCGAGAAACGCACUCGGACGCUACAGAGAGGAACCAGACACUCUCGUUUCCGAGGGUCGUAUGUGGUGCAGGGACUGAAGUCCAUUGGUGAGAACGAUGUAAUUUUCCACCAAGGCCUUCACAAUUUUAAGAAUUACUCUCACGACGCUGGGAAGGCAGUGAGGCGCGUGCCCAAACGGAAGCAGAUGGCCAAAGACACGGAGAGCCAGCGGCGCUCAGCUCUCAACGUCCGACUCUUUCUGCGCGAGUUCUGCAUCGACUUCCUGGAGAACUGCUACAAUCGGCUCAUGUACCUUGUCAAGGAGAACCUGAUCCGUGAGCAGGUCCAGCAGCACGAUGAGACGUACUAUCUGUGGGCUUUGACGUUCUUCAUGGCAUUUAACCGAGGUCACUGUUUCAGGCCUGAUCUCGUCUCUGAGACCAUGUCUCUCCGCACCUUUCACUUCAUUGAGAAGAACAUCACCAACUACUACGAGAUGAUGCUCACUGAUCGCAAGGAGGCCACGUCCUGGUCCCGCAGGAUGCAUCUGGCCCUGAAGGCGUACCAGGAACUGUUGUUGACCAUUAAUGAGAUGGAUCGCUCAAAGGAUGAGGGCAUUCGACAGAGUGCCAACGUCAUUAAGAGUAACAUCUUCUAUUUAAUGGAGUACCGUGAGAUUUUCCUCACGCUGCUGCGGAAGUUUGACGAGAAAACCCAGCCACGCUCGUUCCUGAGAGAUCUGGUGGAAUCCACCCACCUGUUCCUCCGCAUGCUGGAGCGAUUCUGUAAAGGACGCAACAACCUGCUGGUUCAGAAGAAGAGAGUGAAACGGAAGAAGAGGGGUCAGAAAAAGGCUUCUCAGCCCAACACCAGCCCUGAAGUCCUAGAGGAGACAUGGCAGAUUGUGUCUCAGGAACUUAGAGACUGUGGAUUUCAGUUAUCGGCAGCCUUGACGGAGGGCACUGUGCCUUUUGAUGCUGCGUCAGAGGUGCCCCUGAAUGAGCAGAGAACGGAGGCUAUGGUGCGUAUUCAGGACUGUCUGCUGGCUCGCUCUGGACCAGAAGCCCUCUCUCUGCUCCGUGCCGCAAGAGAGGUCUGGCCAGAGGGAGACGUGUUUGGCACAGUGGACGUAGAGCCUGAGGAGGAGCUGGAUCUCCUCAAACAGAUCCUCUUUGCCAAUUUGCCCAGGACAGCAAGUGCUGAGCCCCCCGCUGAGGAAGAGGAUGACGGAGCUGAGAUAGUGGAGGAAGAAGAGCUGGAAUCUGUUCGAGUGUCUGAGACUGAAUUCAACUUCUUGGACUUCAUCAAACGGUUUGCCAACCCCAACAUCGUGCGUCCGUACCUGCUCCUGCUUCGUUCGUAUUCCCAAAACACACCUCACACGAACCAUUGCAUCACUCGCAUGUUGCACCGACUGACUGUGGACCUGAAGAUGGAGGGUCUGCUCUUCCAACUCUCUGUCUUCUGCCUCUUCAACAAGAUCCUCGGAGAUCCCGCUGCCUCCGCCUAUCAGGAGCUUGUGACCUUUGCCAAAUACGUUCUGAACCGGUUCUUCGCUCUGGCCACCCAGAAUAACAAGGCCUUUGUGGAGCUGUUAUUCUGGAAGAACGUUGGUACUGUGAGAGAGAUGACAGAAGGAUACACCAAAGAUAGUGAGGGCUCAAAGAAACAACCCAGGUGGACACCAGAGGAAGAGCAGGAACUGAGACAGUUAUAUGAGGAGCAUCGAGAGUCUGAAGUUCCCGACAUUGUGGAGACACUGCUGCCUUUGCUAAGCAACCCCAACCGUACACGACGUCAAGUUGUAACCCAGAUGGUGCACAUGGGCCUGGUGAACAGCGCGAAGGACCUUAAGAAAGAAAAGAAGGGCACUCGUAUUGUCCUGUGGACUCAGGAGCAGGAGCAGGAGCUCCAGAUGCUAUUUGAGGAGCACAAGAACUCAGACGACGUGCUGGGGAACAUUCUGAAGCAUCUGACGGCGAAGCGCUCCAGGGCCCGUGUAGUGGACAAACUCCUUAGCAUGGGCUUAGUGUCCGACCGCAAAGAGCUCUACAAGAAACGGAGACGUAACACCCCUGGCAGAUGCUCUGGAAUGACCGAGGAGGAGUUCUUUGCUGAUCUGAGUGGUGCGGCAAGGGAAGACCUGAUGGAGGAAGAAGAAGAAGAGGACUUGGAGGAAGAGGAUGAUGAGAGUGAAGAAGAGAGAGAUGAGGAAACAGGGCUCUCACCCAUUGCAGGGAAGAAGAGCAGGAGCCGAGAGAGUGCCGCGGACAGAAACGCCAGCCUCGGAAGACUGGCCCAGGACUUAAGGCAAGAAGGGAUGUCAGGACCUCUGUUGUGGCUGCAGAACUGUCUAAACAGAGCAGCAGACGACCGUGAAGAGGACGGUGUCUCUCAUGCGGUGCCCCUGGUCCCCCUGACGGAGGAGAACGAGGAUGCCAUGGAGAACAGGAGCUUCCAGAAGCUCCUCAGAAAAGUCGGCAUCCGAGCUCCAGCAGAUGAGCAGGAGUCAUUCUGGAGGAUUCCAGCCACCAUGACCAUUCACCAGCUGAGGAGCGCAGCCCUGUCCCUCUCCCAGUUGGAGGGGGAGGGGGAGGGGGCAGAGCAGCCGGAGGGGGAGGGGCAAGGGAGCCCCGUACCAGAGCAGCAAGACGAGUCUCAGGGCCAUGAGCAGAGAGCGCAGGCCCUGCGGGCGCUGCUUCUGGCCCGACAGAGAAAACGAGGCGGCACUGACAAAAACGCAGAGCCUACCUCAUCGGCUGAUAAGGCUGGUUCUGACAUUGAGAGCCCCAGGAGUGAGUCUGAGGCUAAAAGCUCAGGGAAGAGGAGCCGAGUACUGGAUAGUGAUGAUGAUGAUGAUGAUGAUGACGACAAAGAUGAGGACUCCCCAUCAAAGAGGGGCUGUGACACUAAAGGGGACGUUUAUUCAGACAAUGAGUCGCAUCCAGCCCCAGCCAAACGCAGACGCCAGAAGGUACUAAGCGAUGAUGAGGAGGACAGUUAGAAGGAAUGAAAUCCCAUGACAUCGUGAGGAUCUGAACUAAGUCAGCAGAAAUAAGGAUCAAAUCAGUCAUCCAAAUUAUAUAUCCCAAAGGAUAAGCCCUCAAAAGA